AUGGCGAUUCAGAAGAAGCACGGAAAGGGGCGUUUGGAUAAGUGGUACAAGCUUGCCAAGGAGAAGGGGUACCGUGCCAGAGCUGCGUUCAAGCUGAUCCAGCUGAACAAGAAGUAUGGCUUUUUGGAGAAGAGCAGGGUCGUCGUCGAUCUUUGCGCUGCGCCAGGUUCGUGGUGUCAAGUCGCAGCCGAAACAUGUCCCGUCGGUGCCCUGAUCGUCGGUGUCGAUCUUUCGCCCAUCAAGCCGAUUCCCAAGGUCAUUACCUUCCAGAGCGAUAUUACGACCGAUAAAUGUCGAGCCACGAUCCGCCAGCACCUCAAGACAUGGAAGGCCGACUGUGUUCUGCACGAUGGUGCGCCCAACGUCGGUACCGCCUGGAACCAGGACUCCUUCAACCAGGCCGAGCUGGUGCUGCAGUCCAUGAAGCUGGCGACCGAGUUCCUCGCCGAGGGCGGUACCUUCGUGACCAAGGUCUUCCGCUCCAAGGACUACAACCCUCUUCUGUGGGUGUUCAACCAGCUCUUCACAAAGGUCGAGGCCACCAAGCCCCCGUCGUCGAGAAACGUCUCCGCCGAAAUCUUCGUCGUCUGCAAGGGCUACAAGGCGCCCAAGCGCAUCGACCCGCGGUUCCUCGACCCCCGCGCCGUCUUCGCCGAGCUCAAGGACGCGACGCCCAACAACGAGGCCAAGGUGUACAACCCGGAGACGAAAAAGCGCAAGCGUGACGGUUACGAGGAGGGAGACUGGACGCAGCACAAGGUCGUCACGGCCAGCGAGUUCAUCCAGACCACCGACCCGAUCGCCAUCCUCGGCUCCGCAAACCAGAUCUCGUUCGACCAGACCAACAACGGCGACCUCGCGCUGGCGGCCCUGGACAAGCUCCCCGAGACCACGGACGAAAUCCGCCGAGACUGCGCCGAUUUGAAGGUUCUCGGAAGGAAGGAGUUCAAGACGCUACUCAGAUGGCGUCUCAAGGUCCGCGAGAUCUUCGGCUUCCCCACCAAGAAGACGGAAAAGGCACAAAAGUCUCUCCAGGAGCAGGUCGCCGGCGAGGAGGUUGCCGAGGUCGAGUCCAUGGACGAGGAGCUGCGGAUCCAGGAGGAGCUGGAGGCGCUGAAGAACAAGGACGACUCCAAGAAGAAGAAGGAGAGGAGGAAAGAGAACGAGAAGAAGCAGAAGGACAUCGUGCGCAUGCAGCUCAACAUGGUGGCACCCAUGGAUAUCGGUAUGGAGCAGCACGGCCCCCUCGGUCCCGACGCCAUGUUCGCGCUCAAGACGGUCGACAAGGCCGGCGGCGUGAACAAGAUUGCCAAGGGAAGGAUGGCGCUCAUCAAGGAGAACGAGAAGAAGAAGAAGGAGGCCGAGUCCGGGAUCUCGUACGGAUCGGAGGACGAAAGCGAAGACGAGGCCGAAGACCGUCUCGAGCGGGAACUGGACGGCAUGUACGACCAGUGGAAGGAGCGCAAGGCGGCGGCGGACGCGAAGUGGCGCGCCAAGCGCGCUCGCGAGGAGCACGACGACGACGAGUGGGCGGGCGUCUCUGGCGGUGAGAACAGCGACAGUGAUGAGGAGUUCGAGAUCGAAUCCGGCAGCGACUCGGACUCUGACGAGGAUGAAGACGACUCCGGCAAGCCUCUCGUCACUGACUUGGAUAACACUCCCGAGGACGGCGACUUGUCCAAGCGCGCGAGGAAUUUCUUCAGCCAGGAUAUCUUCAAGGAUAUCCCCGGUGUUCUCGACGAGCCUGAAGAUGAUGACAUGGAGGGUAUCGAGUACAACAACCAGAGAGCUGAGAAUGGCGAAGAGCCCAAGUCUUUGAAGAAGGCUAAGAAGGAGGCCAAGAAGAAGGCCGAGGAGGAGAAGAAGAAGAAGGCCAAGGAAGACAAGAAGAAACCUGCUGCGAAGGACGACGACGAGUCCAGCGAAAGCGAGGACGAGGAAGCCGGCUUCGAAGUGGUCAAGCACAAGGAGGAGGACUGGGAGAACCAGGAGAAGAGACGCGCCGACGGCAGGCUAGACAUCGACAUCAUCACCGCGGAGGCGAUGACGCUCGCGCACCAGCUGGCGACGGGCGAAAAGACCAAGCACGACCUCAUCGACGACGGCUUCAACAAGUGGGCGCUCAAGGACCGGGACGGCCUGCCGGACUGGUUCGUCGACGACGAGGGCAAGCACGACCGGCCGCAGAAGCCCAUCACCAAGGCGGCGGCGGCGGCGAUACGCGAGAAGCUGCGUGCGUACAACGCGCGGCCGAUCAAGAAGGUGCGCGAGGCCAAGGCGCGCAAGAAGUUCAAGGCCGCGCAGCGCCUCGAGAAGCUCAAGAAGAAGUCGGACCUGCUCAACAACGAGGAGGGCAUGACGGAGAAGGAGAAGGCGGACAGCAUCGCCAAGAUGAUGGCCAAGGCCGGCCGCGUCCAACGCAGGCCCAAGCCCACGCUGGUCAUUGCCAGGGGUCUCAACCGUGGUGUCAAGGGUCGUCCCAAGGGCGUCAAGGGCCGUUACACUAUUGUGGACUCGAGAAUGAAGAAGGACCUGAGGGCGCAGAAGAGGCUAGCCAAGAAGAAGAAAUAG